GGCGCUAUACUCAAGUGAGCAAUUUUCUUUGUAAGGAUACUGAGCCCAUGUCAGUUUGAUGCAUUUGCCGGAGUCAGAUGGAGGGGCUUGUGGUGUGAUAUUCGGCACCUAAUUAAUUGCUUUCAGGUUCUAUUCUGAAUUAAGCUACUAAGCCCAUUGCUCAUCUGCUCCAGCAGUUAGAAUUAUUACAAAGCAUUGGAGAGAUUAGAGCAGCAACGCCUCCUGCUUAAUUAGAUGGACGUCAGUUUGUCCGCUUCAACCAGCACUAACCACCAAGAAAUUAUGCCGACACACCCUGCUUCGAACCAGGUUGCUGCAACGAGGAUGAGUCGUAAUGUGUAUGAAGCCGCUGUGGAAGGCAAAAUGGAUUUCCUCCAGAAUAUAGUGCAUCUUGACCGCGAACUAACCCCGAAUAAAAACACUGUACUUCAUAUACACAUCAGGGGUGGCCAGGCGAAAAAGGAGCACGUGAUAGCCAUGGUCCGUCAGUGUCCGUCGCUCCUUCAAAAGACAAAUAACAAAGAUGAAACACCGCUGCACAUGGCGGCCAGGGAAGGGUUGAUUCAGAUAGUGGGAGCUCUGGUUGAUCAGGUAAAAGCUCCGCAUGCUAAUGAUGCAGAUCUGGAGAGCGGGAGAACACUAUCUGUGAGGGAAAUGAUAGGGAUGAGAAAUAAGGAGGAAGACACGGCCUUGCACGAGGCAGUGCGAUACCGUCGACUGGAGGUGGUGAACUCGUUGAUCGAUGCAGAUCCUGAAUUUGAAUACUGUAGAAACAGGGCAGGCGAAACUCCACUUUACAUGGCUGUAAAAAGAGGAUUUGAUGAGUUGGUGGAUAGAAUCUUAAGGACUUGCAGAUCCCCAGCUCAUUAUCAGGGCCCCAAUGGUCUGACUGCUUUGCACCAGGCAAUCAUUUGCAGCGAUGCCAAAGGUGAAGUGGGAAGAAAAAUACUGGAAAAAAUGCCAGAUCUGGCUACAGAAACAGAUGACAAUGGAUGGACUCCCCUUCACUAUGCUGCAUACUUCGGUAAAGUCUCACAGGCGGAAGCGUUACUAAAAAGGGAUGAGUCUGCGGCGUACAUAGCAGACAAUGAUGGGAAGACACCUCUCCACAUUGCAGCAAGUCGCAAUCACGCACAAAUAAUGAAAAAACUUAUAUCAUACUGCCCAGAUUGCAGUGAAGUGGUUGACGAGAAAAGGCAUAACGUGUUACACUUGGCCGUGCAGACGAGGGGUAGGGAAGCCAUGGAACUUAUACUAAAGAAUUCUUGGGGCAGCAAUCUUAUUAAUGACAAGGAUGUGGAUGGAAAUACACCUCUUCAUAUGUUUGCUUGCUCCCUCAGUUCCGUGCCAACUUUAAUGCUAAGUCACCCAAGAGUGGAUAAAAUGGCUGUGAACAACAAAGGCUUGACUGCUGCGGACAUCCUGUCAUCCAACACCCAAGCUCCACUGCUAAAGGGACUUGUCCAAUUGGCGCUCAAAAUCUGCAACCCUACUGCUCGGCCGAGUGUAAAAAAAGAUCAUGGUGGCAAAGACAGGGUGUCGGAAAUUAGAAAGGCAAUUAAAACUCAAUUGGUAGUGGCAGCACUCAUAGCAACCGUUGCCUUUGCUGCAGGUUUUAAUUUGCCAGGUGGUUUCAAGGGGGAAAAGGGGUCUCACCGUGGCAUGGCCGUUCUAGCUAACAAGGCAACUUUCAUUGCUUUCUAUAUAACAGACGGCAUGGCAAUGCUCUUAUCCACCGUGGCAAUUGUCAUCCACUUCUUCAUGGCGCUACACGAAGACCAGGAACAUCUUCAUCUCAUGUUUAAGUUGACUUCUUAUUCCACUCUGUUUGGCAUGGGAGCUAUGCUAGCUGCAUUCGCUAUGGCUGCAUGUGCUGUGCUACUCAGCAAUUAUUCUGGGGCUAUUGUCACCAUCACUGUUCUCUUUUUUUGCACCGCCCUGUUCCUUUGUUAUCUUGCUUACCCCCUCCUGAAGAAAUUGCCAGCCUUGGUGGUAACUAGCUCCCACCCCACUCCCAAGGUCUAAGCUAGACUUUCUUUUUAAAUUUGAGUCCGUCGGGGCAGGUAUCUUGGAUAAACUCUAUUGUUCCUCCUGUUUCUGUAACUGAUAACAUUUAUUUUCUACUUGUCCUAAACAUGAUUCAAGCAGAAUUUACACUGAA